AUGGAUAUUCAUAGGUGCAGAUUUGUGGACUACACUCCACACACAAUCACUGCAUUAGCAUUUUCGCAUGUCAGCGACGCUGCAGCGCCGCCGCCGCCCGCCUUGCGCCUUGCGGUGGGAAGAGCCAACGGUGACAUUGAAAUCUGGAACCCGCGCCACAACUGGACACACGAGUUGACGCUUCCUGGCGCCCGUGGCCGUGCUGUUGAAGGCUUGGUGUGGGCCCACGGCCUGCAGCCGCGGCUCUUUUCCAUUGGAGGAUCCACCACCGUGACCGAGUGGGAUCUUCACACGCGGCGCCCGCGGGCCAACUACGACUGCAAUGCGGGCGUGGUGUGGUGCGUGGACGCCUCGCCCAAGGGCGACCGCUUGGCGGUGGGCUGCGAUGACGGCAGCGUGGUGGUCGUUGACAUAUCGGGCGGACCUGGUGUGCUUGAGCACGAGUUUGUGUGCCAGCGCCAGCCGCUGCGGGUGUUGGGGCUCCGUUGGUACGACAACGAGACGUUGGUUGGCGGGUGUGCCGACGGCAAAGUGCGGGUGUGGUCAGCGGCCGGCGAAACACGCGGGCGGCUUGUGGCCUCGGUGGGCGUGGACAAGGCAAAGACAGAGGCCACGUUGGUGUGGGCGGUGGUGGCGUUGCCUGCUCAGCAGCAGUACGUGACGGGCGACUCGACGGGCGCGGUGAAGUUCUGGGACGCCAAAACGCACACAAUGGUGCAAGGCUUCAGCGUGCACGAGGCGGAUGUGUUGGCGUUGGCGCGCGACGCCACGGGCACCAACGUGUUUUCGGCGGGCAUCGACCGCAAAAUCCACCACUACAGCGCGGGCGGCAAGCGCAAGCGCACCUGGCAGCACACGGCGUCGCGGCUCUUGCACGCCAACGACGUGCGCGCGCUCGCGGCCCACGACAGCAGCGCCCACCACUUGCUCGUGUCAGGCGGCGCCGAGCGCGCGCUUGUGGUGCAGGCGAUGGACACGUUUGUUGCCGGGCCUUACAAGAAGAUGCUCAUGGCCCAGCAGGUGUCGAACGUGGCUGUGUGCGGGGCGGGCCGCCUUGUGGCGUUGUUCCAUGACCAGACGGUGAAGGUGUGGCGUGCGGCUGACGGCAAACACAAGUUGGUGGCGCGGCUUGCGUUGGCUGCCGACGACAACAUUGUCUCUGUCGGCCUCGGCGCGCCUGUCGACGGCGUGUGUGUGUUGGCGGUGGCCACGGUGCAUUCGGUGCGGGUGUUCCGCCUCGUGGAGGCCGCGCACAAGCUUGCGGUGCGCAAGGUGCGCGACGCCAACUUCGAUGUGGGCGGCGCCAAGGGCGUGUGGGUGCGCGGCACAACGCUCGUGGUGCUCACGCCCGAAGACGAGCUCUACACGUUUUCCGUGGGCGAGAACAGCGUGGAGUUGGACGACCAGCUCGAGCUUGAAGACACGCCGGGCAACACCCACGACCACACCAAUUCGGUGCGCGACGUUGUGUUUGGCGACAAUGUGUUGGCGGUGCUGCGCUUCAACCGCUCCAUCGAGCUUGUGCCCUUGGACGGCAGCCGCGGGCGCGUUCUUGCGCGCCUCUCGAGCGCCGUGCACUUGAUGGCCUUCACGCACGCGGGCACGCUCGCGGUGUUGACCGACGAAAACAGGCUCUACGAGUUUGGCAUGGGCGACAGCCUCUUGACGCCGUGGUCGCAGCGCAACUCCGAGGUCAUGCCACUCACCUUCUUGCGCCUCGACGACAAGCCCCAGGGCAUGUUUGCCCACGCCGGCAAGGUGUGGGUCUACGGGUCGCGGUGGUUCGCCUUCUUCGACUUGGCGCGCAACCUCGAGGUGCUGAAGCUGUACGCCGCCAAGGCGCGCAAGCGUACGCGCGACGGCUUGAGCAUCCGCGACGACCCGCCCACGGACGCGCUUUUGGCCCGCAGCCACAUCUCGCGCCUCGAAGACGACGACGACGAUUCCGACGACGACGCGGAAAACGCCAAAAUGCCCUUCUGGAUCACCCAGAAGUACCGCCCCAUUUUGAAGGUGGCGCCUUGGGGCGAAGACAUUUGCGUCGUUGAGCGCGAAGCGUUUGCUUUGCCCACGACGUCCGCAUUCCAGACCCCAGUCAUGAGGAUUUAG